GCGGAACGAUCAUUAUUAAUAAUAAUAACGAUAAGAUUAGUCGAGGGUCUUUCACCGGGGUCACGCGUCAUGCGUCGUCGUCGUCGUGGUCAUCCUUAUUGUUGCUAUUGCUGCUGUUGUUGUUGUUGUUAGAUAAAGAAAGAGAAGAUAAAUAGCGCGUAACAACGAUGCCACGUUGAUAAUAAGAGGUUGGAAACGGAAAACGUAAGCGAACCGAAGUUAGUUUCGCGAGCAGUUAAAGCCAAUGCGGUUAUAGGAGAGAAACGUGUGUUACGAGUUGAAUCAACGCCUCCUACGACUUUCUAUCUCCUUCCCUCUCUCUCUUCCUAUUUUUAUCUUUCUCUCUUUAUUUAUUUCUAUCUUUGUCUUUCUUAUUUACAUCAACGCACUCCUUCCGUGUUUCUAUCUUGCUUGUUCUCUCUCUCUCUCUUUCUCUUUCUUUCUUUAUUUCUCCCUCUCAUUCCCACCAUCUCGAAUUCCAUCGAGAACUAGAGGUAGUCAAGGUGUGACGUUAUUGUUACCUACAACUCGACAACUGACAGACAGCAAAACGAGCCAAGUGCAACUCAUUCUACAACGAAGAAAUAAUCUAUAAAUUAUGGGGGCAUCCUCGAACGCGACGUACUUAGGUCUCGAUCUCAGCACGCAGCAGUUGAAGGCUGUUGUGGUCGAUGACGAUCUCUGUAUCCUACAUGAAACCAGUGUUCAAUUCGAUAAUGAUCUACCAGAAUUUAGAACGUACGGAGGUGUCGUGCAAAAGAAAUACGAGUCCCACGUAGUAGUGGCACCAGCUUUGAUGUGGGUCAAAGCUUUAGAUAUGAUCUUAGAUAAAUUACGAGUUUGCGGAGUUGAUUUUAGUAAAGUUGCCGCUAUUUCCGGAUGUGCUCAACAACACGGCACAGUUUAUUGGGGUAAAGGUAGCCAAAGUCUCUUGCAAAAUUUAGAACCAAGUAAAUUUUUACACGAACAAUUUGCAACGUCCUUUUCGAUAGUUCAGUCACCUGUUUGGAUGGAUUCCAGUACAACUAAUGAAUGUCGUAUUUUGGAAGCGAUCGCUGGCGAUCCUAAAAAAUUAGCAGAAAUAACAGGGUCUCGAGCAUACGAAAGAUUUUCAGGACCACAAAUAGCAAAGAUUGCACGAACGAGGCCAGAAGCUUACAGUAAUACCGAGAGAAUUUCUUUGAUCAGUAGUUUUCUUGCAUCAUUGUUCUUGGGUGAUUUUGCACCGAUCGAUUGGUCGGAUGGUUCUGGAAUGAAUCUUCUAAAUAUUCGUACGAAAGAUUGGGACGAUGGUUUACUAGAGAUUUGCGCACCGGAUUUAAGAAAAAAAUUAGGCAAACCGAUUUCUUCCUACAACAAUAUCGGUCCGAUAUCGCCUUACUUUGUUGAAAGGUUUGGCUUCAAUGAGGCUUGCAGGAUAAUCGCAUUUACGGGAGAUAAUCCAGGUUCUUUGGUAGGAAUGAGAUUAAAAAAAGGGGACAUCGCAUGCAGUUUAGGAACUAGCGAUACUUUAUUUUUAUGGUUGAACGAGCCCAAAACUGUUAUUGAUGGGCAUAUUCUUUGCAAUCCUAUUGAAGAUGACGCAUAUAUGGCAUUACUUUGUUUUAAAAAUGGAUCAUUGACUAGAGAAAGGAUACGUAAGAGUGCUGCGGAAGGUUCAUGGCAAAUAUUUAACGAAUUAUUAGAAAGUACGCCUCGAGGAAAUUUCGGAAAUUUUGGGUUAUAUUUUGAUGCACAGGAAAUUUUACCGUCCGUGAUCGGUGAUUAUAGAUUUAAUAAAGCCAAUGACGAAAUUAAUCGAUACAGUUCAAAAGAAGUCGAAGUCCGAGCGCUCAUCGAAGGCCAAUUUGUCGCUAAAAGAGCGUACGCUGAAGAUUUUGGUUUUGUUAUUGGUCCCAAUACACGAAUAAUAGCGACAGGUGGUGCAUCUGCUAAUAGAACUAUACUACAAGUACUUGCUGAUGUCUUUAAUUCACCUGUUUAUAUAUCGGAAAUUACAAAUUCGGCAAUGAUGGGUGCAGCGUAUCAAGCAAAACACGGUUUGCUAAGAAACGAACUUAACUUCGAAGAAAUAACUGCAUGUUUACCAGAACCAAAACUUGUUUGUCGGCCGUACGACGAUGCCGAAUCUAUAUAUCGACCGAUGACGCAACGUUAUCGAAAGUUAGUUGAAAGAAUAAUAAAAAAAAAUCUAUCGCAGCAGUCAGAUAAGUGAUAAUAAAUUAUUACAGGAAACGAUUAAUUAUAUGCAUCGAUGGCAUAUAUAAAUCCCUUUAGCUAAUUAUCUUUUAACGGAUUCUAUUAUUUUAUAUCGUGAGAUACAUAUCAUUGUGUUUCUUGUAUACAGGGUAUAUUUCAAAGUAUACGAGUAUAAUUACAGGAAUGGUUUCAAUAUUCUAAAAUAAGAAAAAACAAAAAUUCAUACAAUCGUGUAUGUUUCCUAAUCAUAGACGUUUUUUUUUAUUAUACGAGUUGUUACAUGAUUUUUAUCGAAAUUAUUCGAAGUAGCCACUUCUUCGGAAUCUUCUCGCUCGUUCAAAACUAUCAGGUGUUGUUUAAAUUUGCUGACAAUUUUCUUGAAUACGGCAACAUGGUUCCUCAGCAUUGUUUACUGUUGCAUCGUAAACUAAAGACUCUCUUAUCGAUUAAUUAACCUUUCACAACCAAUCCAUUUAUUCGGGAAAUUUUGAAACACCCUGCAUAUACACCCACACAAUGAUAAAUAAAGGUACCUAAUUUAUAUGCAUUCUUAAACGCAUUUAUAUAUAAUUCUACACACUAUUUGGGUAAUAGAAAAAUUCUACCUAUAACUUUUAUAGGUAAUAUUCAUAAUAGAGAAUGAAAGUUCUAGUGAAAUGUAAUUUUGAUAGAAGAUUAGUCUAUUAGAAUCUCUGAUUAAGCAACUAAAAAUACGUCACGUAUGAUUUACAUGCAUUUAUGAUACUUACACGUGCAUACGCUCAUACAUGCAUACACGCACGUUUUCUUAAGUUUUUAUUUUCUCGAGAAGAAAGAAAAAAGAAAUAAAAGUAUACGAAAAUCAUAAACAACUUAUAUACGUUGCACAAAUAUAGAACUGAUCUCUUAAUACUUUGCUCGAUUUUUAAAUAUUUUUUACUAUUGCACUUAAUUUUAUCUUUCUCUCUCUCUCUCUCUCUCUCUCUCUCUCUUUCUCUCAUUACUUUUUUAAUCCUUUCGUUACGACAUGCUUUAACGAGAGUAUCGUUCCAUAUAGAUUCGCUCAUACGUACGUAUCGUUGCAUGGUUUACGACCCUCACAAGGGUCGCUCGCAUAUACGGGCCUUUGCAUGGACGACCCGUAUAUGGGUCACUGAUAACGAAAGGGUUAAAUUUCAGUGCCUUAGUGCUUAAAAGUACAAGAAUAACUAAAAGUGCAAUUUGUUGUAAAAGCGAAUCUUUAAUAUAUAAAAAUCUAUUGAUUCCUAAUAUAUUAAUUGUAUAAUAUAAUAUAGUAUAUAUAAAUCUAA